CCAGAACUUGAAGUUUUGGCAUAAGUUCUGCACCCUGUUCCAGGAUUCUGAGGAACAGUGCGCUUGUGUGACUCUGACAGAGUUGAGGAUUCAGCCUUGAGGCGCUAGUGAAGUGGAUUUGCUGCUACACUGAUCUACGUACAGGCAUUGGCGUUUAUAACGAGCAGCAAUACCGUAGGGAGCAUGCGGGGCCACCUUACUGCUCCACACUCAACCAGCGCUCAGUCUUCCCCUUCCAGUCGUCCACCUUUGAACUUCCAAUGAGAUUUUGUAUGCCCCUUAAAUUGGUCUCUUCAUGAACUUUUUGACGCCCCCCAGAUUUGACAAGCAGACUGAAUGAUGGAUCUUAGCCGGGCCUUGAAUCGUAUCCUCCACCUCCAGCACCACUUGAGACCCGAUGCGACUGCCACAUCAGCACCGCUGGGGUUUGCUGCUGAACUUUUGGAACUUUCUCCCAGCCAGGCCCUAACGCAAAGUGGAUGGCUUCCAAACAAGGGGGGCCAGCCAGUGGUGAUUGGGGGCAUGGUGAUGGACGUUCAGGGCAUGACUGCAAAGGAGCACACGUUGCAGAGGGGAACGACCACCCCUGGAAAAGUGUUCUUUACCCAUGGGGGUGUUGCAAGAAAUGUUGCAGAGUGCAUGGCGUGCCUCGGAGCCCCCCCUUUUCUGAUCAGUGUGCUCGGACGGGAUCCCCCCGGAGAGGCGAUGUUCGCGCACUGGCAGGAGUUGGGGCUACCUCUGGAAGGCAUCCUGCGGAAGCCGGGAAUCGCCACACCCAUCGUAUCCGCCAUUCUCGACACCGGCGGCGAGAUUGCUGCAUCGAUUGAUGACAUCACGGCGAUCGAGGAGCAUCUGACGCCGGACUGGAUUCUCCGUUUUGAGGACGUCAUCGCUGCAGCGCCGAUCGUAGUGUUGGACGCGAACCUGCUUCCGGAUGCCAUCUGGACGGCGUGCCAGAUCGCUGCGAAGCACGGUGUCCCGACCUGGUUCGAGCCCGUCUCUGUUAGCAAGUCGACGCGCGCCACUCGCGCGCUCAGCCUCGUCACCUUCGUCUCGCCCAGCGAAGAAGAAGUCGCGUCCAUGGCGGCCGCGGCGUUUGAAGCAGCGUCCGGAAAGUUUGAAUUGCCAGGACGUUCCAGGACGUCGAAAGCGUCCCCAGCGUUCGAAGCGUCCGCAGCUCAGUCGAAGCCGGCGUCGGCCCCUUUCUUUAGAGCGUCCGAAACGUCCGGGGCGUCUGAACCGUCCGCCGCUGCCUCGGAACUAGACCCGCGCUCUUUUCUUGGGGCGUCCGAGUCGUCUGGAAGCUCGCAAACGAGUCCACGCGUCUCAAACGGAGCGUCCGCAUCCUUUUUCGGUGCUCAAGUGUCCGAAACGCCUCGACCGUCCGGAUUGCGGGGCUUCCACUGCGGCUGUACUCCGUCACGUGAUCCGGACGACUCGGCGUCGUUCGAAAAGAAGUUUGCGCUUGUGGGAGUAGAGGGGCUCCGACGGGAAGGUUUGGCACACUGCACUUGCGAAAUAUGCGGGCCAAAGUCUGCCACGUGUAGGCCAGAGUCACAACGCGGUCGCGCGGAAUCAAGCUCGGGUGAUCACGGUAGUUUGAAAAGGGGAUUCCGGAUACAGGGCGACUUUUCGGACGGAGUCAACAUUCGCGGACACUUUCGGACGGGCUCAACGGAGGCCCUCCCCUCUGUGGACGAGAGAUCAAGCGGAUUGCGGGAGAUUCACCGGGAGACAGUGGCCGACGUCAUUCGGCGGUACGAACCGGACGUCCGAAAGAUCUUGGAUGCGGGCGUCCGGCACGUGGUCCUGACGCUUGGGGCGAGGGGCGUGUGCGUGAGCCGGUUCGCGAACCAGGACGAAUACCGGUUAUCCCUACGGAACGGAACCCACUCGGAAGGGGAAGCUCAAAGCAGCAGCCCGCACCAUAGUCAAGGUUAUCGGUCAGGGCCUAACGAAGAUUGGAGUCAUGCGGAGCGUUCAGGGAGACCAAUUGCAGUUUCACGCAAAAGUGUCAGAGUUGGAACCUUAAGCUCGCCUCUCGCCACGGAACCCAUACAACCCCCGCCGUUUUCUAGUCAUCAAACCCCGGGUUCGUGUCAGCCACUUACCUCCGCAUCUUACGCUGCCGUUCCAUCUAGCGCGAGCGUCCGGCGCAUCGUCCAUCAUCAUGUUCCGGCACUGCCUGCCCGGGUGGUCGGGUUAACCGGGGCUGGGGACUCGGUUGUAGCGGGAACUGUGGCCGGGUUAGUGACGGGUCAAGCCGCUAACCCGGUCGAAGCUGCGGCGUUUGGGGUGGCGGCCGCGAAGCAGACGGUCCAGUCGGCGCAGAACGUGCCCGAAGGGUUGUCUUUGGAGUCAAUAAGAGGUGAUGCCGCUGUCGCUCUUAGUUUAAUAGCACGCUUAAGCUAAGCUGCAAACGGUUUAUCGGAGCAUGCAAACAGCGCAACUGCCUUGAAAGCAGGUGACAUGCUCGUUCGAAAUAGUUCAGUAGGGCUUGUGUACUAGGCCGUGCAGCACCGGCCAUGAAGCGGUGGAUCGGCACACCACAGGUAGCAUAAGAAACUCAAUACUAAGUCGAAAGUGGGUUAAUUAUCAGGGUCGUUGCAGAAAUCGGUCGAUUUCUAGCAACCUCAUAAGAAAGUCUAGUAGCGGCGCAAUCGAGCGCACGUGGUCAGAUUGAGCGACUGUGUUAGAUGGACUAUACAACAGUGCCAGGGCUUAAGGCCGGGCACAUCAAUCUGCUUUGAAGACCAUCGUAGUGCCUGACGUUCAG